AUGGCAACGGAUAACGUCUCCGCAGCUAUUGCUCCUACGUCGUCUAGAUAUGAUGCUGGACCGCAACGUUCUGGCAAACGCAAACAAGUGAAAAACGCCUGCGUCAACUGCCAGAAAUCGUGCAAAAAAUGUGAUGAAGCUCGACCUUGUCCUCGAUGCGUCAAACAUGGUAUUACGGAUACCUGCGUCGACUCGGUGCGAAAGCCCCGUAAACGUGGCAUCAAACGCGGCCCUUAUAAACGCCAAGCCAAGUCAGAAAAAGGUACACAGGGAGCCGGUGACAAGAAGCAAUCAGUCUCUCAGGCACAGACAAAGCAGAGUCCAGCUUCGGAACCCCAGCAGGAAGAUACGUUCAAUUUCAACGCUGGAUCUGUCCCAUUUGACAUUCCAAACCAUCUCAAUCAGUAUGGUCAGCAGUAUCAUACUUACGGUGGAUACAACGGCUGUUCCAAGGAUCAGAUCAUACCGCAAGCUUAUCUUCCCAUGUACCCGUCCAUGGCUUAUCCUAUGAUGGCAAACUCGUCGAAUGCAGGCUCCACUCGAGAUCGCAGUAUCUCGGGCGAUUCAGAAGCUCACCAUGAUUCGGAUAUUGUAUAUAAGGAGGAGCCCGCAUUUGCAGAAACCAAGCAAGAACCGACCUCGACGUCGCCAACCUUGGGUGGGAAUGAGAAUGCCGAAAAGGGUCCGGGUUCGGAUGAUGUGAAAAGCAUGGAGCCUCACAAACAGGAAGGAUGGGUCAAGCCACAACCCAUGACACCCGUUCCUAGUUCUUCCAAUUCGUCAAUGACCUCUUCCGCUGCUGAACCUCAUGAGGACCAGGAUACCAAUUAUUCUGGGCUUACUCAGUUGUGUUCUGUGGCUCUUCAUGGCCAACAACACGGUACAAAGUAG